AUGAGGCGACUAGGGUUCCCCCUCCCCUCCUCCCGCCGCCGCCGGCCCUCCCGCCGCCUCCGGCCGCCGGCCCCGCACCCCACCUCCGCCCCCUUCCUCCCUCCCCACUCCCCCGUCCAGACCUACCUCGCGCCGCCUCCCCGGGAGGUAGCCGGGGCGGAGCUCGUGCCCCUCUUCCGCGGGCCCCCUCCUCCCCCUUUUCCUCUCGCCGCCGCCCGCGCCGGCACGGGUGGUUCCGGCGGCAGCGGGCCUUCCCUUUCCCCCACGCGCGUGCUCCCUUCCCGGGGCAGGGAGGCGGCGGCGGUGCAGCUCGGCGUGGCUGCGGUUCGGCUGCCCUGCGGCGACGGCCGGCGGCAGGCGUGCUCUACACUACUGCAGGCUGCAUACAUUCAGUCAUUCUAA